AUGGGCGCGUACAACAACGUUUCAGGGUCGCAGCCGUACUGGUACACCCACGGCGCUUACCCGGAAGGGGCAAACGGCGCGGGCGUCAACGGCGGUACCUCGAACGAAGUGAGCAUUGCGUUACGUGACCGUGACGUGAAGACUCAGCGCAGAAAGGAAGCGAACCGGGAGUCCGCGAGGCGGUCGAAGCAGCGGAAGAAGGAAGAGAGCGAGCUCCUCUCGAGCAAAGCUCAGGAGCUUGUGAAGGAGAGCGUGUCGCUCAGGGCGAAACUGGAGAAGGUGCAAAAACAGGCGGAUAAGCUGUACGCGGAGAACAUGGAAUUGCGGGAGCAGGUU